AUGUCCUCCUCGCCCUCUCUAGAGGACCCCGCUUCGAAUGCGACCCAAGACUCUGACACAGAUCCUCACACUGUGAAUGAAACUGCACCAGAGCAGGUUGAAGUAGAGGAUGCGCCGCCCACCGCCGACGAGGAGACACGAUUGAAGUAUCUCACAACUGGGACGAGGGAUCAAGAUGAUCUGGAGCGCGAUAUUGGUAGGCAGGCCGACCAGCUGCUCACAGAACAGGCCGAUGAGAGAGACAAGAAGCGCAUGGAGAAGGCAGAGGCAGAGGCUAAGCGGGCGCAACAGGCGCUACAGAAGAUGCGGAGUCGGCUGGCGAUGCCUCUACUCGAGCCCCAAAAGCUUAAGAUAAGGGUUGAUAUCCAAGAACUUCAAAAGAAGAUCGAUGGUUUAGACGAAGAGCUGGAUGUGAUACAGCAGCGCAUAAACGAUAGACAUAAGGUGGAAGGCGAAGACGAAUCCACUCAAGAUGGAGUCCAUGGACCCAUGCCGAAUGAAAGCCGUCGCGAAUUUCUCAUACGCACCGGAAAAAUCACUCCAUUUUCCAAGCUCGCGCAGGACAAGCAAGAAUCUGGAACCCUCGCUGAAGUGAUGCAGGAUGCAGAGGUCGACGAUAUGGUUGAAGAGGCCAGCAAGGGCACCAAAUCUCAUCAGAAUCUUAUGAAGCCAGGAUUUGACAUUGCAGAUACAACUUCGAAUGCAAGCACUCCACCCGAGACACCGCGCCCUAGAAAGAAGCGACGGACAGGCCCAGCUCUGGGCACUGUUAGCUCACGAGAGGGUAGCAGUGCCCCGGAGACACCUGGCGAUGCAUCUGACGAUGCAUUUGCCCCAUACAUGAGCGAUCGCCAGCUUGCAGCUCUCGGUGAGACCGAAGACGACACCGAAGACCCUACGAACGACGAUGAAUACUCGGAGGAAGAAUUCGGCCGAAAGCGCAAGGUGACUACAAAGAAUAAUAGGAAGAAGGGCAAAGCCACUCGAUUUGCAGACGAGCAAGAUGACCUAGCCGGUGUUGAUGACGGUAACGAGAAGAUGUACCAGAAGCGAAUAUGUGCUUGGUCAGAGAAACGUGCUGCAGCGCGGAAGCAAGCGGCAGAACGAAACGGCCAGUCGUUUGAGGAUGACGAGAAUGAGGAAGAAUGCUACAAGCCACAUCCUACUGAGCCUGACACCGAAUUGGAAGGCGACUUCAAGAUACCUGGCGACAUCUAUCCAGCUCUAUUCGACUACCAGAAGACUGGUGUGCAGUGGUUGUGGGAGCUAUUUUCGCAGAAUGUCGGCGGCAUUGUUGGCGAUGAGAUGGGCUUGGGAAAGACUAUCCAAGCCAUAUCCUUUGUUGCUGGCCUGCACUACUCGAAGAGACUGACCAAGCCCGUCAUCGUGGUCUGUCCGGCCACAGUGAUGAAGCAAUGGGUGAAUGAGUUCCAUCGAUGGUGGCCGGCGCUUCGUGUAUCGAUCCUCCAUUCGUCUGGGAGCGGCAUGCUUAACACUCGCCGCGAAGACCAGAUAGAGCGCGAGAUGGAGCUGCGAGGAUAUGGAGAUUACGAUGACACCCUGACAGGUGCGGGCAAGGCAGCCAAGAAAAUCGUAGAAAGGGUCAAGCGUGAGGGCCACGUCUUGGUCACCACCUACACUGGGCUUCAAACUUACGCGGAGUUCUUGGUGCCGGUCGAUUGGGAGACCGCUAUUCUUGACGAAGGACACAAGAUUCGGAAUCCUGACGCUGCUGUUACAAUUCACUGCAAAGAAUUGCGCACUCCGAGCCGCAUCAUUCUCUCGGGCACCCCGAUGCAGAACAACCUCACUGAGCUAUGGUCACUCUUCGACUUCGUGUUCCCUAUGCGUCUGGGCACUUUGGUCAAUUUCCGCAAUCAAUUCGAGUUCCCCAUCAAACGAGGCGGUUAUGCGAACGCAUCUAAUCUCGAAUUCGAGACUGCUAUGCGAUGCGCAGAAACACUUAAAGACGCCGUCAGCCCAUACCUCUUGCAACGAUUUAAGGUGGACGUUGCAGCUGAUCUUCCGCAAAAGAAAGAGCAAGUGUUGUUUUGUAAGUUGACGCGUCAGCAGCGAGAAGCAUACGAGGGCUUUUUGCAGUCCGACGAAAUGAAGUCCAUAGCCAACGGCAAACGACAAAUGCUCUUCGGCAUAGACAUCCUACGCAAAAUAUGCAAUCACCCAGACCUUGUGGACCACAAGAACCUGUCGAAGAAGGCUGAUUACGACUACGGCGCUGGGAAUCGGUCGGGCAAGAUGCAGGUUGUCAAAGAGCUGCUAUCGCUCUGGGUCAAAGGCGGACACAAGACGCUUCUGUUCGCCCAGCAUCGUAUCAUGCUUGACAUCCUUCAGAAGUACCUCGACCGCUUGCCCGGCGUCAGGUACCGGCGGAUGGAUGGAGAGACGCCCAUCGCUAAGCGGCAGGACAUGGUGGACGAGUUCAACAACAAUCCGAACCUGCAUGUCUUCCUACUCACGACGAAAGUCGGAGGCCUCGGUGUCAACCUCACGGGAGCCAACCGCGUGAUCAUCUACGAUCCCGAUUGGAACCCGUCAACAGACAUCCAGGCUCGCGAGCGCUCAUGGCGCCUCGGACAGAAGCGAGAGGUUGAGAUAUACCGUCUCAUGUCUGCUGGCACCAUCGAAGAGAAGAUCUACCACCGCCAGAUCUUCAAGCAAUUCCUCACGAACAAGGUACUCAAGGACCCGAAGCAGCGCCAAACGUUCCAGAUGAGCGACCUACACGAUCUAUUCACGCUUGGCCGCGAUAAUGCUGAGGGUGAAACGGAAACUGGAAACAUGUUCCGUGGCUCAGAAGUCCAGUUCGAUAAGGAUGGCAAGACCACCAAUGGCUCGACGCAAGCUGCAUCCGAUGCAACUGCGCAGGAGGAUCUCAAAGCCAUGGUAGGCGUCGCAGCAGCAGAGACGUACCAAGCUCCCGCCUCCGACUCCGAGGACACAGCCAAGGAGGAUGGCGACGAAGGCAAAUCCGACUCGCACCUUAUGUCCUCCAUCUUCGCAAAGUCCGGCGUCCACUCCGUCCUCGAGCACGACACCAUCAUGAACACCACCGCCGCCGGCCGCAAGCGCAAAGUCCAAGCCGACCCGGCUUUCGUCCAGCGCGAGGCCAAGCGUCAAGCUGCCGUCGCAGCAGAGCAGCUGAAGAAGAGCAUGGAGGAGGCGCGCCGCAUGCCCGUAGGCGUACCCACCUGGACAGGCACUCACGGCGAAGCUGGUCGUCCUGCUCCUCCUCCCUCACGAGGCAAUCUAUUCGGCUCCCGCGGCGGUCGCGGUGGCGGACGAGGCGGCGCUGCAGGACCAUCUUCUGCAUCCGUCCUAUCGAACCUCGCAGCCCGCCAGGGCCGCUCUCUCCCGGUCACGCCCGCAGGUACGCUCUCUCCAGGCCCUGCACGCGCACACACACCUCAACCUACCUCCCUACGCGGCCGCCAGAUGCUGGAGCGCAUCCGCGACUUCAUGCUCACGCACGGCGGGGUUGUGCCCACGAAAAUGCUGGUUGACCACUUUGAUCACUAUUGCCGGGCUGUGCCAGGGCGGUCCGAGGAGUUUAGGGAGAUGCUGAGGGUGAUUGCGGUGAUGGAGAAGGGUGGAGGGAGUGGGAGGGGCAGGUGGAAGUUGAAGGAUGAGUGGAGGGGAGAGCGAUAG